GCAUCUCGUACCACGAUGUUAAGACUUGUCGUUAUAAGUUGUCUAGUGGCUUUUGCUUUAGCGGCACCGGGUAGAACACCCGCCGUCCAAUGGUCAUCGGACUGUGGAUAUAGCAUCUACAACGAUACAGAUCACACUCUCCAAAUAGUUGGAGGCGUGCCUGCUCGACCAGGAGAGUUCCCUUGGCAGGCUGAGUUCCUAAACACAAAGAAAGGAACCUUGUGUGGAGGAUUCCUCAUCAAUUCAGAAUGGGUCUUGACAGCUGCACAUUGCAUCAAUAAUGCCAACGGAGACAGAGCCACGGACUAUUUGGUUUCUCUAGGAUUGCACGACAGAACAGAUGCCACAGGGGCUCUGGAGAUAGUGCCGCUAGGUGGCGUCAUGCACGAGCUUUAUGACGAUUUCAACAUCUUGAAUGACAUCAUGUUAGUUCAACUACCAGCAGGCGCUAUACCUAGUUUCUCUGAUACAAUCAGACCAGUUUGUAAGCCCUCAGCCUCUAACACAUACGCAGGCCAGGUGGGGACUGUUAGUGGUUGGGGUACUACAUCAGCAGGUGGGUCUAUCUCAAACAUUCUGCUGUACGCCAACCUUGACAUCAUAACGAACGCCGCCUGUGACAGCGCCUACCCUAACGAGGACAUAUUUGAUUAUAAUAUGUGUGCAGCCAGGGAUGGUAAAGACUCGUGCCAGGGAGACAGCGGGGGACCCCUUAGCGUUUGGAACCCUAACACACAACUUUACGAGGGUGCAGGUAUAGUGUCAUGGGGAUAUGGUUGUGCCGACCCCCUAUACCCUGGUGUUUAUACACGUGUAUCUUACUAUGAGGCUUGGAUAGACAACAUUAUUACAACCUACGCUGGUCAGCAGCUCAACAGUUACAUCAGAGGUUAAAUAUAUAUGAGACACAAUUAAAUAUGGAUAGCAAAAUAUAACAGUCUACAU